AUGAAUCCUACGGCUGCAGACCCGACAGCGCCGCCGCCGCAGCCGCCACAGCCACCGCGUUCUUCCUUCAGUUGCGACCGCCAUCCAGAUGAGCAAUUUACUGGGUUUUGCCCUUCCUGCCUCUGCGAACGGCUCACCACCUUAGAUCAAUCAUCCUCCAAUACGCCCUCCUCCUCUCGACGCCCCUCGUCCGCCACCGCUGCCGCCAUUAAAUCUUUGUUUUCGUCUUCAUCUUCCAACAAACCGCCGCCAGCACCUAAAACUACCAGCUCCAAAUCCACCUCAUUUUUUCCCGAACUCCGGCGAACGAAAUCUUUUUCCGCCUCCAAAAAUGAAGCUUUAGGCCUCUUUUUUGAGCCCCAGAGAAAAUCUUGUGACGUUAGGGCGCGUAACACCCUCGGGUCACUCUUUACUGUUGACGACGUUAAUAAAACCACUAAUAAAGCCUCUUCUUCUUCCCAAAACCACUCACAAUAUUGUCAGAGCAGCAAGCAAUGCGAGUCUUUUGUUGCCAAUAAACCCGUUCUCGAGGAGCCCGAAAAUGGAGAUGAUGAGGAGUUUAAAGAACCUGAAAACAUAGAAGAUUUUGCUUCUGCUGGUGAGGACAAUGACGAUGAUGAUGGUGAUGAAAUUGUUCCAGUUCGGGAUACCCAUUUGGAGAAUCUUGGAAUCUCCCUUGAAAUAGAGGCGAAUAAUUCUGAAAUUAUAGAAGAAGAAGUUGUGAGUGUUAACAAUUUGAAGCCAAUGAAGGAUCAUAUAGAUCUUGAUACACAGGUCAAGAAGAGUUCUGGAGGGGGGUUUUGGGCUGCGGCCUCAGUUUUUAGUAAGAAAUGGCAAAACUGGAGGCGCAAGCAGAAGAUGAAAAAGCAGGAUGAUGGGGAAAACUCGGGCACAUUGCCUGUGCAGAAACCAAUUUCCAGGCGUUACAGAGAGACUCAAUCUGAGAUUGCUGAUUACGGGUUUGGGAGAAGGUCUUGUGAUACUGAUCCGAGGUUUUCGCUCGAUGCCGGAACUGGGAGAAUCAGCAUUGAUGAUCCUAGGUACUCUUUUGAAGAGCCUCGGGCAUCAUGGGAUGGGUACUUGAACGGGAGGAGUUUUCCGAGGAUGCCACCGAUGGUUUCUGUAAUGGAGGAUGCUCCGGCUGUCCAUGUUUCACGGUCUGAUAUGCAGAUUCCGGUAGAGGAGCCAACAAUGAUGACUGUGAAUAAGGAUGAGAGUGUGCCUGGAGGAUCGACACAGACUCGGGAAUACUAUACAGACUCUUCCUCGAGGAGGAGGAAGAGUCUUGAUAGGUCUAGUUCCAUUAGGAAGACUGCGGCUGCUGUGGUGGCAGAGAUUGAUGAGUUGAAGGCAGUUUCUAAUGCUAAGGUUUCUCCAACUACCGCAGAUUACUUUCAUGGGGCUAAGGUAUUGGUAGGAGAGCGAGACCUGAGGGACUCGAAUUCGAAUUCUUUAAGGAACUCAAAUUCGAAUUCUUUGAGGGAUGAAUGCUCUGAGGCUCUUGAGUUGAGUAAUGGGUUUAGGAGUAACAGUUCGGUGUUAGGGAACGGGGAGCGAAAGGAAUCGAAAAAGUCAAGGAGCUGGAGUUGGAAAAUAUGGGGUCUUAUACACCGGCGCGGUGGUGGAAACAAAGAUGAGGAUGAUGAUAGGUAUAGUAGAAUUAACGGGGUGGAGAGGUCAUUGUCAGAGUCUUGGCAGGAUUUGAGGAACGAUCAGAAUGCUGAUCUCAGAGGAGGAUUGAAUAGGAAUGUAUUUCGGAGCAAUAGUAGUGUGAGCUGGAGGAAUUCAAGUCACAUUGGGGGAUCAUUUGGGAGUACAAGGAAACCGGUUGUUGACAUGAACGGGAAUGGGAAGAAGAAAAGAGAUGAGUUUGUGUUAGAGAGGAAUCGGAGUGCAAGAUACUCGCCUAACCAUUUCGAUAAUGGGCUUUUACGAUUCUACCUAACGCCUAUGAGGGGCAGCCGGAGAGGCGGACAGGGGAAAAUAAAGCCAAAUAAUUCACAUUCGAUUGCAAGAAGCGUCCUGCGGCUGUAUUGA